CGCCGGAGAUGUCAAAACCUGCCCCGCACGCUGGGGCGAGGACUACACGAGCCCCCACUCUCUUGCUUCACGCGUGAUCCUGCCAUCUGCGUUUUGAUGUCAAUAUUAACGUCGACUUUGUUUGUUUCUGGAUGACAAGAACUUCAGCCGUGUGCUUGAACCGCGGAUUGCAUCUAGCACCGGUAAGGAGCACCCAGGGCCACAGCGAUGGGUAACGGCUCCAUGAAGGCGAAGCCGGUCAAGUCCAACAGCUCCUCCGGCGGCAGGGGGAAAGGCAGUCAGAAGGAGUCCGCCAAGGGCCUCAGCUCCAAGGCCACAGCCCAGCAGCUCAAGGCCAAGGUGGAGGAACUGGAGCAGGAGCUGCGUCGGCGUGAUGAGGAGUUGGACUCGCGGCGUCUGCAGCUCCGCUGCCUCCAGGAGCAGCUCUUGCAGCAGGACCGCAUCAUCGCCGACCUGACCGAGCAGUUGCAGGCCCACAGCCACAGCCUCCACCUGGGGGGCAGGCCCCACCACACCCUGCAGGGACCCUCGACCUCCUCCGCCACCGCCGCCCAGAGUCCCUCCGCCUCCGCCCUGGGUCCACACCCGCCCACGCCGCCCAGGACCCGGGCAGCCCUGGACCGCAGGAGAGGGGCCAAGGCUGGGGUGUCUGCAGAGCCAUCCUCCAGGACGUAUGAUUCGGGCAAACUGCCGCAGUUCUGCCUGGAGAAGGCUCGCGUGUGGAAGGAGGGCAGUGUGAAGAAGCUGAUAACAGACUCCCUAAACAAGAACCUGUACCUGAGGAAGCUGGAGUCUCCCCAGAUCAGAGACAUGGUGGAGUGCAUGUACGAGAGAAGCUUCCAGAAAGGCGACUAUGUCAUCAAGCAGGGAGAGCCCGGCAAUCACCUCUUCGUGCUGGCAGACGGUGCUCUGGAGGUAUACCAGCAGAAUCAGCUUCUUACAUCCAUCCCAGUGUGGAGUACUUUUGGGGAGCUCGCCAUUCUCUACAACUGCACACGCACCGCAUCUGUCAAGGCUGUGACGUGUGUGAGAACAUGGGCUCUGGACCGUGAGGUGUUCCACAGCAUCAUGCGCAUGACGGCACAGACCCGACACGAGCAGCACCGCAACUUUCUCAGAAGUGUGUCUCUUCUGGCAAACCUACCUGAGGAGAAGCUGUGUAAAAUUGUGGAUUGUUUGGAAGUGGAAUAUUACGACAAGGGAGACUACAUCAUCCGUGAGGGGGAGGAGGGAAACACCUUCUACAUCCUCUCCAAGGGAAAGGUGAAAGUCACCCAGAGCACGGAGGGCCAGUUGGAGCCUCAGGUCAUCAACAUGCUGCAGAAGGGAGACUACUUUGGGGAGAAGGCCCUGAUCAGUGAUGAUUUGCGAUCAGCCAAUAUUAUUGCGGAUGAGGACGGGGUGGAAUGCCUGGUUAUUGACAGAGAAACCUUUGAUCAGACAGUGGGGACGUUCAGUGAGCUUCAGAAGUACCUACAGGGUUAUGUGGAGACUCUGGAUCGCGAUGACAAGAAGAGGCAAGCUAAGAAGAUGAACUCCCUCCCCAGCAGCCCUCCACUCUCCCCUGGCCUCAUUGAGCUGAACGAGCGUGACGUGGGAUCCACACCUCGCCUCAGCAACCUGGAGGUCAUAACCACACUUGGGGUUGGUGGCUUUGGACGCGUCGAGCUGGUAAAGGUGAAGAAUGAGGAUUUGACGUAUGCCCUGAAGCGCAUCAAGAAGGCCCACGUGGUGGAGAACAAACAGGAGGAACACAUCCACUCGGAGAGAAGAAUACUGGCCGAGGUCAACUCGCCCUUCAUCAUCAAGCUCCACCGCACGUACAGGGACAGCAAGUAUGUCUACAUGCUCCUGGAGGCCUGCUUAGGCGGAGAGAUCUGGAGCCUCCUCAGAGACAGGGGUAGCUUUGAUGAGCACACGUCCAGGUUCUGUGUGGCCUGCGUGACGGAGGCCUUUGACUAUCUCCACCACAAAGGCAUCAUCUACAGGGAUCUGAAACCAGAGAAUCUCAUGCUGGAUGCGGAGGGAUACAUCAAACUGGUUGACUUUGGCUUCGCCAAGAAGAUGAAAUGCGGCCAGCGGACAUGGACGUUCUGCGGCACGCCCGAGUACGUGGCCCCUGAGAUCAUCCUCAACAAGGGCCACAGCUUCAGUGUGGACUUCUGGUCCCUGGGCAUCCUGGUCUUUGAGAUCCUCACAGGGAGUCCUCCCUUCACCGGCUCUGACCAGAUGAUCACCUACACUUUUAUCCUGAGGGGGAUCGAGUCGCUGGACUUCCCCAAGAGGAUCAACAAGAGGGCAGCCGACCUCAUACGCAAGCUGUGCAGGCAGAACCCAUCGGAGCGCUUGGGCAACUUGAAGAACGGCAUCACAGACAUCAAGAAGCACAGGUGGUUCAGUGGCUUCAGCUGGUCUGGUUUGAGGAACAGGACGUUGAAAUCCCCACUUAAGAGGGAGCUGAGGGGGCCCACAGACCACAGCUACUUUGACACCUACCCCCCUGACGAGGACACCCCCCCAGACGAGCUCUCUGGAUGGGACAUGGACUUCUGAGACGAUGGACUAGUCUAGCCUGACUCUCGCCAGCCCUGUACUGUAGUUGCACGCAGCUUCACAAGCUGCGCUAGGCCUAGGAGAGCUCAGAUUGGAUGAUUUUUCAGAAGGUGUGGCUUGCUUCAUCUACCACUCGUCCGUCCUUGCCACCAAACAAAACUGUUCUCAGUAAGUGGUGCAAUAAGAGUUGUCGCAUGACUCCUCGAUGUGAGCGGUCGCUAUUUUUGAAACAACAGUCGGAGAACUUCUCAAUCCUCUCGGAGCAGAUGUUUGUGUAGCAUGUAGAGCCCACUGGCGAAGCUGUGCGGAACUCCACAGGACUGGCGAGAGCAAAGCUAGAACUAGUCUGGUUCUCUGGAAAGAACUAAUGAAGGUCCACUCCGCACACAGAUAACCGCUGCCAAGUGCUUGUUUAUUCACACAGCGUUGUGGGUGAAGGACAACAUUUCUGAAAAGUUCAGCUAAUAAACUCCUGUUUACUUCAGCUCUCUGGAAAGAACUAAUUAAUGUCCGCACACAGAUAACCGCUGCCAAGUGCUUCUUUAUUCACACAGCGUUGUGGGUGAAGGACAACAUUUCUGAAAAGUUCUGCUAAUAAACUCCAGUUUGUUCAGUUAAUUUUUUUCCAAUUAAUUUCAUUUGCACUAAUGUGAUGAGUGACGUAUUUUCCCUCAUUUCUAGUCUGAUUCUCUUCCGCCCUAUCUCUCAAUAAUUUAUUUUUUUCCUACUCUUUCUGUGUUCUUCUUCAUCAUCAUAUCCUCUUUUUUCUCCAUGUUCUCCUCCUGAGGUCCCCAAUGGCAGAGCAGGUCUGUCCACUC